UCUUGCUCUUUUAAAGCGUUAUUAUUUUUUCCAAUUUUCAAAUCAAUUACGUUACAUUGCUAGCCAUUAGAAGUAAAGUGAUUGAUUUGACUGUUGUAGUGAAACAAAUUUGAAACGUUCCAGUCUGAAGUGUGUGGCUAACUGCUCGAUAUAACUGUCAAUCUGGGUGUAGAAAUUUAUUUGUAAUUUUCACCGGUUCUCAUGUGUAAUUCCCUUAAGUGUUAGACCAUAUUUGAACAAGGGUUCGUUGCGAAAUAAUGUUCUAUGGUGUACGUGGUGCCUAAAUCAGUGCUAAAAUGGAUGACGGAACUGUGAAGAUCCAGUCUGGGAUUAACAUCAACAUCAAAAGAACAGAUGGCCGCAUUCACUCCGCCAUUGUGUCUGGCGUCAGCAUGGAGACGCGCUCGGUCACCGUGGAGUGGUACGAGCGCGGCGAAACCAAGGGCAAGGAGGUGGAGAUCGAUGCCAUCCUCGCGCUCAACCCGGAGCUGGCCGGCUCGAGGCACACGCCGCAUCUACAGCCUAUGCCUAAUAAAAUUACACGGGACAUGACUCGACAAUCCAUUCACCAAUCCAUCCCAGUGCCCACGAAAGCGUCAUCGCGAGCGACGCGCAACAAUCAGGUGCGCAUGUCAAAUGCGCCCGGCUACACGAACGGACACGGCGGCGACACUACGGGGCGGCGGGGGGCAGAGAACGUGCCGCCCCCCGCGCAGACGCCUGCACCUGUGCCUAAUGCAUCCAGAGUCACGCAACAGCAGGCACCGAUGUCAUGCAACUCGCGCACCGGUAGCGUCGCCUCCGUGGUGCCGGCUUUACCUGCCAACUUAACUUCCCGCAAGAAUAACAAAGAGUUCAACGCAUCAAACACGACGAGCGGCCUAACUCGUGGCAACACGGGCGCCGGUGCGGCGUCCAGCACUGUGAACGUGCCACACGCCGUCGCCAGCGGCGCCGUCCGGCGGUCCAAUGUUGUUAAGGAGGUCGAGCGGCUCAAGGAGAAUCGCGAGAAGCGGCGUCAGCGGCAGGCUGAGCUUAAGGAGGAGAAGGAAGCCCUAAUGAACAUGGACCCCGGCAACCCCAACUGGGAGUUCCUGGCGAUGAUCCGCGAAUACCAGCAGAGCAUCGAGUUCAGGCCGCUCACCGGCAACGAACCUGUCGAAGACCACCAGAUCACCGUGUGCGUGCGCAAGAGGCCACUCAACAAGAAGGAGCUUACGAAGAAAGAGGUGGACGUGAUCAGUGUGCCCACACGCGACCAGAUGAUCGUCCACGAGCCCAAGAAUAAGGUGGACCUCACCAAGUACCUCGAGAACCAGAAGUUCCGUUUCGACUACGCGUUCGACGACAACUGCACUAACGAGAUCGUCUACAAAUAUACGGCAAAGCCGUUAGUGCAGACGAUAUUCGAGGGCGGUAUGGCGACGUGUUUUGCCUACGGACAGACGGGCUCUGGAAAAACACACACCAUGGGUGGAGAUUUCCAGGGCAAGACACAGGACUGCAAAAAGGGUAUCUACGCGAUGGCGGCGCGCGACGUGUUCGCGUACCUCAAGUCGCACAAGUACAAGCCCCUAAACCUCAUAGUGUCCGCUUCCUUCUUCGAGAUCUACUCCGGCAAGGUUUUCGACUUGCUAGCGGACAAGGCAAAAUUGCGAGUACUGGAAGACGGCAAGCAGCAAGUUCAGAUCGUUGGACUCACGGAGAAGGUGGUGGACAACGUGGACGAAGUGCUCAAGCUUAUUCAGCACGGGAACGCCGCCAGGACCUCUGGACAGACGUCGGCGAACUCGAACUCGUCGCGGUCGCACGCCGUGUUCCAGAUCGUGGUGCGGUCGCCGGGCAUGCACCGCGUGCACGGCAAGUUCUCGCUCAUCGACCUCGCCGGCAACGAGCGCGGCGCCGACACCUCCUCCGCCAACCGGCAGACCAGAAUGGAAGGCGCCGAAAUCAACAAAUCCCUACUCGCUCUCAAAGAGUGCAUUAGGGCGCUAGGCAUGAAAGGCAGCCACUUACCGUUCCGAGCGUCGAAACUGACGCAAGUGUUGCGGGACAGCUUCAUCGGCGACAAGUCGCGUACUUGUAUGAUAGCCAUGGUGUCACCGGCGCUUAAUUCCUGUGAACACUCGUUGAAUACGCUACGAUAUGCUGACAGAGUGAAAGAGCUGGGAACGUCGGACGCGUCGCGGCAGCGCGCGGAGUCCCCGGCCGGCGCCGCGGACGCGGACGCGGACGCGGACGCCGACGUGGACAUGGAGCCCGAGCACGGCGACCUGGCGCAGCUGCGCUCACUCAACGAGGGGGACAUGUCCGCCGAGAUGUACACCUUCCACGAGGCCAUCUCCGAGCUGCAGCAAGCCGAGGACGAGGUGCUGGACAACCACAAGGCCAUCUCCGACUACAUGCAGCACGCGCAGCAGCGCUGCCUGCAGCUGCUGCAGCUCACCAGGGCCGUCGACUACGACCAGGACGAGCGCUCGUACUUGGCCCGCAAACGCCUGCGGCCCACGAGUACGGGUUCGAGUCUCGGCAUUGGCGCACGAAACCGACGGUUGAAGCUAGCGUACGCAACGCAAUGGGAGGAGCUGCUGAACGAGCAGCUGGCCGUGCUGGCGCAGUCGCGCGACCUGGUGGCCGAGUUCCGCGCCAAGAUGCAGCAGGAGGAGCACAUCAGCCGCCGCAUGCAGCCGCCGCACCACUAGCGAACACGACGCCACCCAUCUACACCCGCCACGCCACGUCACGGUUAUGUCACACUGAUGUUUGGGGGUUUUCAGAAAAAAUGGUAACAUUUACUUUUUAAAAACCAUCAACCUUUGGGUUAUUCAGACUCAGAAUCACGAGUACUAUUGAAUGAGACAAAGAAAAAAAGUGUCCUCAGUUUUUCAUACAAAUUUUGGGUGUCAGUUUUGUAACGGUCGGUAUACAAAAUGUAUGUUACAAAACUGUCAUUUAUUUUUUUGGGACAUUUUUUUCUUUUUAAAUUGAUAGUCGUGAUUCCGAGUAGAAAUAACCCAAAAGUUGGAUUUUCGAAAUAAAGUAAAUGGUACACUUUUAAGUGGAAAUGCCCGUUUAUAUGGUGCGUUCUAAGAGUUUGAUUGCUGUACCAUUUCGUACCUCGUUAUUGGGACAAUAACAUGAUAUCCCUAGUGGUAUCCUCCGGUACUGAGGUCAUACUGCGGAAAACUACAUUUCUUUAUCUGCCUAUCGCUCGAAUAUGCAAUAGUAGUAACGAGAGAAUAUAAUUAGAUUUUCGUAUUUAGCGGUAAGCCUUCUAGUUUUCUAAAGCCUGGCCAGGAAUAUAUGAUCACGCGCCAUGUUGCAGAAUUUCACUGGAACUAAUUUUUUCAUACUAUACUGAACUGUCAACCCUCUCUGUCCCUGUCUGUGUAUGAGAAUAACAGCGCCCUCUUGAUAAUGAUCAUAUAUUUCUAGUCAGGCUUUAUACAAGAACAGCAUCGGUAUCGAGAAAUCCCGGUUCUGGCCAUACAAAAGCAGUACCGGGAGCAUUCCCUACUAGCGGCCUUCAUAUUGACUAUCACUGACAAGGUAUGAAAUGGUACAUAAAUCAAAUUCCUUGACUGUGUAUAGGUCGUUGAAAUAUCCUUCGAGUGAAUUCAAACUCUUGGGAAUUUUCGACGACUUGUGUCUCUCGGUAGCACGGAGUUGCGGCGCCGGCGAUCAGAUCGGGUUGGGUUAGUUGGAACAGCAACGAUCUUAACUGACUGGACCUUAUGUCUUUGCAGUUAAAUUUAGGAAUUUUUGUUAACAAUGUGGGUAAUGUAAAUAUAUUUUUCCUUUUUUAUUGUGGGACGUACCACAUUAUAACAACAAUACAACAUUACAAUUUAUAGAAUGUGGGUAAUGUUAUCAUUGAUAAAGUUACUUGUAAACGUUAUUGUAAAAAAACUGGACGACCUAUGUUUAGUUAAAGGCCUGUGCACACCGGACGCGUGUGCGUAGACAUGCACGUGCGCGUUGUAAUAUACAGACCCUUAUGAGAGACGACACACCGCUUGCGUGGCGUGUGCAUGCACGGCUUCAACACUUUAGGGCACGCGCACGUCUGCGCACACGCAGCCGGUGUGCUCUGGCCUUAAAGUGUUGAUGUUAGUAAUUUGGACGCGUUUUUGAUAUCUAGAGGUUUGCGUGAGAUAUAAAAGUAAACGAUUGCCCAAUAUGUAACACAUCUAUUGCAGCAUCAUUUAUUUAUUCUUUGAAUUCUAUAUAUCAAUAUUUUUCUAUAAAGAAUUAUAAGACUUCUCUGACAAAACGUUACAAAUAGCUACUAAAUAAGGCAAGUCAUGUUCGGGUUGUAUAGGACUGAUCGAGACUGAAGCUGACAGCUUUUUUGUUAAUGAGUUUCUUUUAUAAUUAUUAAUGACUUUUUUUCUUGAAGUCAAUGUCUUUUCUAUUCAGCUCGUUUUCUUUGUGUUAAAUCGAAAUUUAUAAGUAAUUUUUACUAUUAGUAAUAUUACCAUGUAUAUGAAUUAUUGACUGUAUUUUAUUUUUGUAUUGUACUCUAAUAUACCUAACAGAAAAAGUACAGUGAACAUUCUCAUAUUAAUCACCAUUAAUUUAUUGAAAUUUGAAAUACAUUACUCUUGGCGUGCAAUGUAAGAAAUUCCCGACAACUUUUCGGAGCUUCAUACAGCUCAGCUCUCAAAAUAUACUAGGAGUCCAUAUUCACAAACACUGUCAUAUAAUCUCGUCGGAAUUAACCUCCGUUCCACGUUAUCGCUUCAAGUUCCACGGACAUCAUAUCAUAUAUCGUCAUGGCAAUCAGAAUUAAAUUCUAAUUCUAAAAACUAAAGGUCGUUUUUUGGCUAGCAAAUGUUGAUAGAGAACGAAACGCUGUUUGUAGGAUCAUGCAAACUAAGCCUAUAAUUAUAAUAAUAAAUCCGAAGACAACAUAGCGCCCAGACAACAUGGCGUCUCCCAGUAUGCGUUGUGGAUGUCGUCUCGGAUCUCGGGCCGCGUCUGCGCCGGCGCCGCGGGCAACUGUUCCAUUGUGUAUAAAUAUUAUUUGUACUCGGCGGACAGUAAAAAAACAUCCUAUGAUCAGUUUGACAGCUUAGUUAUAUUUUUAUCUUUUUUUUGUCAUUAAAUUUUUUACGUGUGUGUUUUCAUGUGAUUUUUAGAAAUAAUUUAAACAGGAUUUAAUUUGUGUAAAUUUCGUAAACUGAGUUCAGCUGUCAAAUUGAUUCUCGGGUUUUCAGUUAUUGUCCCUUCUGAUUUUACCAUUUUGUAAGCUGGCCUGUUAAACUAUCUUCCAUUUAAUUUCUGAAUGUCGAGUUACAGGAAUCUUCCUAGAAUGAAUUUCAAAAUCGAGUCUUCGUCAAUUAUUCUCUCCUUUUCAUUCGCACUUAGUGUGAGUGGGAGAGUGAGUAGAUUCGAGUUUGGCGUUAGCAUAUCUAUUGCUUAUUUUCUAAACCUCGUAUAAACUGCGCCUUCCAAAUAUAGACCUUAGAACUUAUUUAGAUUGCUGCAAAGUUGGUUUUACAAAGCUUUAGAAGAUAAGCGGUAUUAUGCAAGUUAGUGUACAUUGUCAUAACGGAUGCCGUCGCGUUGUUGAAAUGAUAGACUGUUUACUGUAAGUGUUUUAAGCACAAACCGGCCACAUCACAAACGCGCUGUGUAUAUAAUGAUAUCGGUUAAAUACUCGCGGUCUAGUGUAUAAUGUAUAGAGUUAUCUACAAAAACUGCUAAGUCAUCAUCUCAUUUCAUCGCGGCUUUUGUAGAUUUAAAUUCACUAGGUUUGGGAUCUAGGUGUUUAUUCCGAAAUUUAAACAUAGUUUUUAUCUCUUUUCUUGCUAUCGAGAAAGAAAGAAAAUAUUGUUCUAGUUUCGGAGUAGAUUCUCUGGUGCGUUCAUGGAAAAUAUUUCCUCUUAACAUAAGUGACUUACUCAUUGCAUUUAACUCAUCUAAUGGCCUAUCUCUAGGAGUCUUUAAUGAGGAUUCUUUUUUAACGCGCCUAAAAUAAUUACGAUAUGAUUGAGUUUUUAAAUCACAUGCUAGAAUUUUUUUUUCAUUCUCUUAUUAAUUAAUUAUCCUUUAAAUAAAAUAUACGAUAUAAAUGUAGAUUUGUGAGAUUAAAACGUGUUAAAAAGAAUUCUCUAGAAGAAGAAAAAAUUGUAGAUAUAUUCGUAUUAAAAUGUGAGAUUGGGUAAGUACAAAGAUCAGCGCGGACGUUUCCAAUUGAAAUCAUAGUAACUGUUGGUUUCCAGAGCUUGAUCUAAAAACGAUUUCUUUUCAACUUAAUUUGGUGCAUUAGAAUGCUGGUGCUUUGUCGUUAUACGAUUUUUAAUGUCAUACGUUUCAAUUGAGUUUUUCAGAUCAAGUUCAAAUAAAUAUUACAUUGUCAGUGUGAAAUAUGCCACCUCAAGCCGGAGACUACUGUACGGUGUACGUUUAUUGUGCUGCCUUAUUCUGCUUGUUAUUAAUCGUUGUUUAAAUUGUAAUAAUUAUAUUCAUAUCAUUGUCAUUGUGUUUCGAUCAGACCACGACAUUAAGCACUUAUAGGUGUUGUGUAUUCGAGAGAGGCAUUUGAGUGAGAAGAACCUCUUAAAUAAUGAAGUUAUAGCCUUAUUUUCGGUAUUUUUUGUUUAAGCCUUACUCAUAACUACUUAAAACUCUCUCGAGUACGUUAGACUGGUCUUAAGGAACCACGAAUACAAGACGAAUGUACAAAAGCAAUAAGACUUGAAAACUAUUCUUGGUCUAAUAUAUCUUGUUUUCGUGGUUCUAAAUAGUGCUCUAGUAUUUUUAUUGUGCCUAACAAAUGAACUAAAAUCCAUAUGCAAUGUGGGAUCGACGUGUAAAUGGUUGUGUACAGAAUUUAGUAAUGUUAUAAUUCAUUCCGUUGCUUUUGUUUUGGCGUUCCGAUUUGGUAUUGCGGUGGGGGUGGAGUGAAACGCUUGUUAUGACAACGGUACCGUAGCGUACUUCGUAUCCGUGGAUUGAGAAGGAAUGUAUUUAUGGGAUCAGGGUAAAAUUCCUUGGAUUGUGUUUUUCUAUACUUAUGAAAUAGCGAUCCACUCGUUCGUACAUGAUUUAUUUGUAUACCAGAACUUAUGACACGCUUUGUCAAAAAUCUUAAGGCUGGUUUUAGUGUCGCGCUGACCGUGCGGACCGCUCAGCACCGAUCAUUUGUAUGAUGUUCAUGUGGAUCCGUCAGUUUUACUCUAAAACGCUCCCUGAAUUAUGAAUAUUGGUCCGGUGCGGACGGUGAGCGCGACACUAAAACCAGCCUAAGAAGUGGAUGUAUGCUUUAGGCCUGCACCUACUGAUUCCAACAUCUCUCUGAACCGAAAAUGCUAAAUGUUUAACCUAAUAUAGAUCCUUGGACUUUUAUCUUGAAGUUGUUUUAAUUAGUGUUAAUACUAAGUAACUUGUUUAAUGCCCGAAAUCUCAGCCCAAAAGGGCGACUCGUUACCGUGAGUCCUGCAGGUUGCCAUAGCAACCUGACGGACCGACACGUGGUGGAGAGACAACCCUAGCGGCCCUGGACGGAUCUGGUCCUAACCACGUUAGGACCUAGUUUUCAACCGGGCAUGGUAGGUUUUAAAGGAAUUACUUAUCAUGAGCCGUGCAAUAAAUUCUACACAGAUUUCUCUUUUUCUAUUUAACAGUAAUUUGUUUUUACAUUACGAAUAAAAAUAGCAUUUCAUAAAAAGCGUAAAAGAUUUGUUUUUAUUAAAAAAAGAGUAAAACUGGACUAGAUUCAUUUGAAAUCAGGUACGUAUUUCUUUUGUUUGUGAGCGGAUAUCUUAAAAUUGUUUACAUUUUAGCACUGCCUAUGUCCAUUGUCAUGAAGAUCGUAGACUAUGUUUUUGGUUUCUUAUAACGGGUGCUACCUACUUCGCAUGGAGCGGGCUCCUGUACAGGGGUACUACUGCGAACAUCUAUCUUCCUCUUUUCAAUAUUAACCUUCUGACCGCCACAGUCGGCCGUGGCCGUCAUCGGGAAGUCUUGCCAAGGACGCCAAUGAUGGCUACAGCCGUCAGCUUCGCCAAAUAGGGACUUACGCGGGACUAAAGUUCAAUUUAGCUUAAACAAUCGCGAUUGCCUGGCGUCCGGGGCACUUGGAUAAGGUGAAUUUGGAUGUUCGCUAUAGGCCUCCUGACGGUUGUAGAUGUCAGCCGUAUUUAUUGCUACGUGUGUGUAAGGAUUGACUACUUCAACGGUUGUCGGCAGCUUGCCGUCCGUCAUCCUAUAGCUUAUCGUAUUAGAUAGUGCUUAUUAAUAAAUAAAUAAACUAAAUAAGUACUCUGUAUCAGAGUCACUGCGUUGCGGCGAUUUGAUUGUACUGAACGAAAUCUCUCUUUAUUAUUAUAUUAUACAUGUUUUAAUUAUUAUUAAUUGUAACAUUUGCGUUGACUGUUCGCCGACGGCGGGCUCCGACGAGGCGGCCGCCUGAACAAUGCUUUAUUGUAAUAAACGUAUUUUAACAUCGCACAUUAUAAUAAAUUAAUCGAAAUUGAAAA